UUUUUUUAAAGUUUUAAAUAUUUAAAAUAAUAAAUAAAAAUUUUAAUUUUUUGUUAAAAACAAAUUUUUUUCAGAGAAAUUGCUUCGAAUUUUUAUUUUAUUAAUAUAUUAAUAUAUUAACGCCAAUAUGUUUAAAAAUAUUUUCACAAAAUUACCCAAAAAAUAUGUCGUUAAAACAAACGAUAUAAUUAGAUAUGAACGUUGGUAUUCAGAUUUGACAAAAGUAAAUAAAGGAAGGAAAUAUGACUUUGCAGAAAACUACGUUUUAAAAAAGGAUAUUGGAAACAUGGGCACUAUUUAUCUCAAUAGACCUGAUAAACUUAAUUCAAUGAAUUGGUCAAUGGUAAUUUUAAUGAAUAAAAUACUUGAAGAAUGGGAAACUUGUAAAACACAUGUCGUUUGGAAAAGUAAUGUUAAAAAUGUAUUUUCUGUUGGUGGUGAUGUAAAAACAUUUCAUAUUAUGUCUGGCUUGGAUACAGGCUUAAGAUAUGGAAUAGAAGUUACAAAAUUUUUUCACAAAUUGUGUUAUUUUGUUGGAACUUAUAAAAAACCUUUUAUUUCAAUUUUGGAUGGUCUCUCUUUCGGUGGAGUUACUGGAAUUGCCAUAAAUAGUAAAUUUUCAGUAGCAACAGAAAAUACAGUAUAUGCCACUCCAGAAACAUCAAUUGGUUCUACUCCAGACGUUGGUAAUUUAUAUAAAUUAUCAAAAUUAAAUAACAAUCUUGGUUUAUAUCUUGGCCUCACUGGAUGUAAAUUGACGGGCAGUGACGUUUUCUUGACUGGCAUGACAACCCAUUUUAUUCCUUCUAGUCGAAUAAAUUUAUUAACGAAAGAAUUAACAGAAUCCAAUGGCUCAGAUAUUAGUCAGAUAUUAAAACAGCACCACAUGAAAAAUUUGCCUAAUCAAUCUAGUUUUGAGCCUUACAUGGAAAAAAUCAAUCACUGCUUUUCUGCUCGGACAGUUGAAGAAAUAAUUGAUAGAUUGAAUGAUGAUAAUUCAGAUUGGAGUAAAAGAACAGUGAAAAUUCUAACGAGAAAUUCGCCAACAGCUUUAAAAAUGACUAAAAGAGCAUUUGAUCUUGCCAUCGAUAAAGAAUUUAAAGAUUGUUUAAAAAUGGAAUUUAAUUUAUUAUAUGCUUCCUUAUGUACUGACUUUAGUGAAGUUUAAUUAUUCUUAUAUAGGUAUUCGCGCACAAUUAAUCGACAAAGAUAACGAACCUAAAUGGCAGCCAAAAACUCUUAAUGGUGUUACUGACGAAUACAUUAAUCAAUUAUUUUCCAUUGUUCCAUACUAUGAUCAACUUGAAUUGUGACUUUUUAAAAGCGAAUGAAAGUAUAAAAUUAAUCAG